CGAUACUCAUUAUUUAUUAUCGAUCUCAAAUCGGUAUAAAAAAAAAGGAAACUAAAUAAUUUGUAUAAACUAAUUUAUUAGUACGUUAAAUUAAUUAAUAUUUUUAAUUUAAAAUGUGAAAUUUUUAUCAAACACAAAAACAAUAAAGGUAAAAAUUAUAUGAAUGGUAGAAUAACUCUAAUUUCCCCGCAUAGGUACAUGAGCAUAUUUCAACGUUACAUUAUUCCUAAAAUGAAGGUCAUCCAUCAAAGCUACAAAAGAAAGCAUUUUGAAUAACAAAAAUAAGCAUACACUCCAUGAGUCCUUUUCUCUCUAUUUUCCCCCCUUUUUAAUUUCAAUUUAACCUAACAAAAUCAAUUUUUGAAAUAUACAUGAAUGUCGACCUAACAAAAUCAAUGUUCAUUGAAAAUUUCCUGCAACCAGGGGUUGAUAGAAACAAAGAAGAACAUGAGAGAGGAAGAUUUACUAUUGCAAUCAUUUUCAUUGUUUCUUCUAUAACCACGUACGCCAUCGUUACAUCGCAUGUUCGGAAGUUUUCCCUGUUUUUCAGAACUUACUUAAUUUGUAUUUUGAUAUAAAGCUAGGAGAAAAUGGAUGUUACCCGAAAGGUGCUAUGUGGGCAGGAUUUAUUUAACCCAGUUUUAGCAAUGGGGUUACAAGCUUCUUUGCUUCUUUCGGUUUCUCAUCUUCUUCAGAUUGCUGUCAAGUCUAUAGGGAUUCCUACACCUAUUCCGCAGAUUACUGCUGGGUUGUUGAUUGGUCACUCACUAUUGUCUAAGAUAAAGCCACUGGAAAAAUACUUCAUUCAAACAAAUUCUGCUGACUACUACAAUGUGUUAGCCUUUUUUGGUAGAACUUGUGUUGUGUUUUUGAUUGGUCUAGAGCUGGAUAUUGCCUAUAUGAAGCGUCAUUUGCGUGGUGCAAGCAUUAUUGCACUUGCAGCAUCAGUACCAUGUAUCAUCAGUUCGGCAGCCAUCUCUUUCUUUAUGUUUCAGUUUUUCAUGGGGAAACAUGAAAGCUUUGCAGCAUUCAUGUUUAUUUUUAUGUUAUCAAUUGUAAACUCAGCCUCUCCUCUAGUCAUCCGUUUCAUAGCUGAGUUAAAGUUAGGAACAUCGAACUUUGGACGUUUAGCGGUAUGCUCUUCGUUGCUAAACGAUAUCACUUGCAUAUUAUGUGGGGGUCUAUUGAUGAAAACUGUUGAAGAUGGUAAAUUUAGAUUUGGUGAAUGGAUUUGGUCUUUGCUUUUCACUGCAAUAGUUAGCUUGGUAGUGCGACGAGUUGCCCUUUUACUUAAUAAGUGUAGCCCAGAAGCGCAGUACCUAAAGAAUACGCAAAUCAUACCUCUGUUUCUGUUUGUUCUGCUUAGUGCAAGUUUUGUUGAUAGAUGGGGAGCUGCUAACAGCUUGUUGACUGCAUUAGUUCUAGGAGUAACUUUCCCUCGCCAAGGAAAAACUGCUCGAACUAUGAUGCACAAGCUUUCUUAUGCUGUUUAUACCUUUGUGCUCCCUAUUUACUUUGGUUAUACCGGUUUUCAAGCCAACUUUGCGGAUGCUGUCAUACUCAAGAAUUUCGUAGCAGCUGCUGUGAUCGUAACAGUAAGCAUUGGUGGCAAGAUUUUAGGUACUCUCAUUGCUUGUCAACGAUUGAAAAUUCCAUUAAAAGAAGGGGUAGUUCUUGGGUUGCUUUUGAAUUUAAAAGGUCACUUUGAUGUUAUGAUCUUAGGCGCUGUCAGACUGAAAAUAGACUGGAAUAGUAGUUUUGUGGAGGUGAUGUUAAUGACAGCUAUACUAAAUACGCUAAUUAGUGGAAUUGCCGUGGCUUUUAUAGUUUUGAAAGACACGGGUACCUUUUCGUAUAAGCCGGUUACUCUGGAACAACAAAAUCCGGACACAGAGUUACGAGUGUUGGCUUGUGUUCAUGGUCCUCGUAAUGUUCCAACAAUGGUAAAAGUGAUCGGAUGGUUAAGCUGGUCAAAAAACUUACCUAUAUGUGCUUACCUAAUGCAUUUGGUUGAGCUUCUCCCAAAGAAGAGGAGCAGUAAGAUGUAUCACCAAUUAGAGGAUGAUGAACUCAGUGAUGAUGAUACCUAUGGUGGAAAUGACGCGGUAGAGAUCAACAAUGGUGUGGAUGCCUUUGUAUUGGAAACGAACAUUUUCAUUCGCCAAAUGAAGGUUGUUUCAUCUAUAUCAUGUAUGUUUGAGGAUGUUUGUGACGUAGCUGAAGAUGUACGAGCAUCGCUUAUAAUUUUGCCGUUCCAUAAACAUCAAAGGAUAGAUGGGAAGAUGGAAAGUAGUAAGGAUGGAAUACGAACUACCAAUCAGAGAGUGCUUCGACAUGCCCCUUGUACGGUUGCCAUCCUUGUUGAUCGCGGGCUUAUUGGGUCCUCGGGUUUGAAGACAAUGCCACACGUAGCGAGCUUGUUCUUUGGAGGACCUGAUGACCGUGAAGCAUUGUCUCUUAGUACAUAUAUUGCUAUGCAUCUUGGCAUGAAUCUUACUGUCAUGAGGUUUCUGAAAGCGUCUACAAGAUCAGGACAAGAAAGGAUCAAUGUUUCAUCACAAGGGAAUGAUCAAGUUCUAAUGGCAAUGCCAAGUCGCGGAGCUGAAGAUGAAGCAGACAAUGCAUUUUUAGAGGAUUUCUACAACAAGUAUGUGACCUCGGGUCAAGUCGGGUACAUAGAGAAGCAUGUAAAUAAUGGAGCACAAACUGCUGUAGCAUUGAGAGACAUUGUAGAUAUGUAUCAUUUAUUCAUAGUUGGAAACGGAGGACGACGAAAUUCAACUGUAACAAAUGGGAUGAGUGAUUGGGAAGAAUGUCCAGAAUUAGGCAAUGUGGGUGAUCUCUUGGCUUCCUCAGAAUUUGAUCCCAAUUGCUCUGUUUUGAUCGUUCAACAAUACAAGCCUCCAUUAGAUUAAAUCACACAAUCAAAAGAGAAUUUAGACUCGGAUCUGUUUAUGCCAUGUCUUUAGGUCAUUUGAUUAAGAACCCUAUUAAUAUUAAUUUGUAUAACAUAUAUGUCAGUCCAGUAGGUUCAUUAUACAUGUAGUGAUACGUAUUUGGCCACCUUAUACUAUCAUCCUGAAUUCACCCUUGAACGUAAGGUGCAGAUAAAACACCACAAACAAUCUUAUAAUCCAACUUCUUCCAAGUCCAACUCAUUGUGUAAAAUGUUAAAUGCGAUAGCGAUUGGAGUAACGACAGUAAAAUUGCUUUUUUGUCAAUGUUGUCAUCACAACUUACGUAGCGGUCUAUAACCUCAACAACCUUUACAACGUGAUUGUAAUGUGGUUUUAUGACUCAUAGUCCAUAUUACACUAUGGUCUAAGGUAAAGAAAAAGUUUUGACUUUCUUAUUUCAUAUUUCAUGUUCAGAAUUAUGUGUAUUUAGCCAAUAGGGUGAGCUCAGUUUAGGUAGAGACAAUACAAUUUUAAUUAGAGUUGGUUAUUAUUGCUUC